AACAAAAUGGCGUCUGUUUAGUAACGCGACCGAGCAAAGCGGCGAAGUCACCUGACCCCUACACCGCAUUAAAGCGUCCAGAAAAAAAGGUUUGCGAUUUGUUUUAGUGCGGUCGUGACCGUGGGUUAAUUGACGCGUUGACUUUGUCAUCAUAAAUUGUAGAUAGUCAUCUGUCGGAAGUAGUCAUAAAGCAUAACCUAAUUUAGCCUGCUUUAGCUUAGCGUGCUAGACUUGAGCUCCGGGGCUGUUUGGAAAUCCAGUAUCUCGGGUUAAAUCAUUGCUUGAGGACUCGAGCUGAAGUGUUACUCAAAGAAUUUUUCAGCAAGUGUUCUGACUUUGGAUUUACAACCACAAGGGAUAUUUAUUUUCCCCAGACAAAGAGGAAAAGAAAUGAAAAGCCAGUCUGGUCUUUGAGGAGUUACAUCAAUACCAUGUCUUGUUCAGCAUAAUGUACUAAUUGCUGGGUUUUGUUUUUGGAUGCAUAUUGUUCACUCAUAAAUGAAAGGAAUGUAUUCAUGGAUCGCACCUUGAUGAAACAACUUAUUUCACCAUGGUGAAAUUGGCCAAUCCCCUGUACACAGAGUGGAUUCUUGAGGCUAUUCAGAAGAUCAAAAGGCAGAAGCAGCGGCCUUCAGAGGAGCGGAUUUGCCAUGCUGUCUCAACCUCACAUGGACUAGACAAGGGCGUCGUACUCCAGCAGCUGGAGCUAGCUGUGAAGAAUGGAUCCAUCCUUAAGGUUACCAGCAAAGGGUGCGCUUCGUACAAAGACCCGGAAAACCCAGGGAGGAUUGUGCCUCUCAAGCUUGGAGGCCCUACCCCUGUCUCGGUUGGAUCUGUGUUACCAGCAGGAGAUCUGCGGCAUGUUGAUUGGAAUAAAGUCCUUAGGAGGGCUAUCGAGGGUCUGGCUGUCCCUGCUGGCUCCUCUUUAAGGAACAUCGAGAGAUUCCUUCGAAGCCAGGGUGACCUGGUUAAUGUUGUGGUGAACCCCAGGUUCCAGCAGAGGCUGAGGCUAGCUGCUAAACGGGCGGUAAACAACGGCCGGCUGCUAAAGGAUGGGCCACUCUACAGGAUGAACAGUGGUGGAUUGGGAGGAAAAGCUUGCUUCAGGAGCCUUGUGGCCUUUGCUGUGAACCUCCCACCUGUAACGCUACUCCCUCAUGAGAAAGACCAGGAACUUAGCUCCUUCCUUAGG